GAGCUUGGUUCCUACCACCUCAGCUCCCACGCCUUCGCCGACACCGAAGACACCGAAUGAACCGGCCGAAGGCGGAUCAUCUUCAGGGACCACAGCUUCCUCCGUACCACCGGCUUCCGUGACAUCUACUGUUCCGAGUUCUGUGAGCACCAAAGCGCCUGAGACAUCCACACAGAGUUCUCCGCUGUCAAGUCCCGCUUCCGGCCCAACAAUUUCACAACAGACUGCGAAAGCUGCGGAGGAUGGAAGCGCUACAUCUGCUCCUUUGACUUCGGCUUCUUCAUCGUCACCUUCUCCUGAUUCUAAGUCUCCUUCUACUCCUACUCCAGGUUCUGAUACAUUGCCUCCAUCAUCGCUCUCGUCCGCUUCAGCUGGCCAGGAUGGAAGGGUUCAAGGUACAGCAAUCACGAGCACUCAAACGGUCACGGUCACCCCGGAAUCGACCUUUUCGGCACCUGUUUCUAUCUCGGAAACUGUUAGCGGCAAAGUCACUUUGACCGCGCCCCCUUUGAUCACUGGCAUUGCCGCCUCUACACAGUCGGACGGAACAGUGCUUACAGUCACGAAUGUGAUCUCCAACCCCAAUAGCUUCACUUCAGUACAUGGGCAUUCAUUUUUCGACAACCAUGGUGCUGUCAUUGCCGUAUUUCUCGUCAGCGGAAUAAUUGCGGCUUGCAUUGCUGUCACCGCUUUCUGCCUUUGUCGCCGUCGCUAUGGCCGCGAACAAGUGGCGGGUUCUCCAUCGUUACCUCAAGACCCCUUCCUAGAUCCAUCUGAUUUGCAACCCAUGUCCAAUGCACAUCGCAGAGGUAUCGAUUGGGGAAGCCAUCACGCUGAGCACAUUACCGAUCAAGGCUUCCAGGAUGUCACUGCCACUAGCACUGUCCCCUCCGCCGCUGCCCAGCCUCCGACAAUGUCUUCCCCUCUCUUACGCCUGCACUCGAAUUUCCCGCACGCCCGCACGCCAGACGAUCACGUCGAUCGUCUCUCGCAAACGCGAAAUCCGUUCGCAGACAACAAUCCCGACAAUCUUACGCAGUCUAAUGGUCCUAACUAUCGCUAUGAGGGUCCUUUUAGUGAUUACUACCCAGAACACCGAACCCUCGUCAGUAGGCCGGUUGGAAUUGCAUACUCUACUCCAUCGGAAGUUGAGCCGACCCAUUUCCGAGCAGAAUCCCGAGCAGAAUCCGCCGUGCCGUCAAGUCCAUCCGUUUAUCCGCCUUCUCUUCCCGACGAAAAAGCCGAUUCUUUUUACGAAAGAGAGGCGUAUUCUUCGCCUCCGCCGACUAGCACAGUCGAAGAGGAGAGUCAUUUCGACACAAUUGUGCUUGAUCAUGCUAGAGACUCCACUGUGCCAAAAUCGGAGCUUACGAAGCCAAAGCGGCUGACUCUCGACACGCCUGCUGAAAAUUACGAGUUUACCCCACUCACACCGCCGGGAUCGAGCUCCUCACGCUCGCGCUCACAUGGUGACAGCCCAGUGUCUGACAACAGCACCGCACUAAGCUCUGUUCUUGACGACAAAUCUCGCCGUUCGCCGCCUCGGCCAAAGACGCAGCCUCCUCCGGAAGUUUUUCUGAGAAGGACUUACUCUAAACGUGGCUUCAAACGUGCACCAUCUGAAAUGCGCUCUUGA